CUGGACACCACGCCUGCGCGACUACCGAUUUCGUCGCCCCCGCCCUCUGCGCGUGCGUACUUGCCGGCGCUCCCGUGAGGCGGUGCGAGGCGCGCGGCGCUUUGGCGGCAUCUGCGAGGUAUCGGGCGGGAGCAUCCUGAGGACUUUAUGAAAAUGGAAAAUUAUGAGGCUUGUGUAGGCUUUGAACUCUGUGAGACACCGCUGUCCAGUGUUGCUCAGAAGAUCAUGUCUGCUAUGCAUUCAGGUGAUUUAGUGGAUUCUAAGAACUGGGGAGAGAGUACAAAGACUGUAGAUGUGACCAACAAAUCCAGUGCUAGGUAUUCAGUGCUACUGGAAGGCGGGAGAGACCGAUCUCUGGAAGGAAGGAAUCCUAAAUCUUUAACAAGCCAAGCAUCAAGAGGCUCUAUCAGGCUCUCCCCUCAGUCCUCCAGGGCCAGGCUCAGAGGUCAGCUGUCUGCUGACCAAAAGCAGAAGAGCAUCAGCCCUUUGGCUCUUUCCAGCUAUUUGAUUCCACAGUAUAAUGAAGAAGCUUCAGUUCUACAGAGAACAGAGAAUAAGAGAAAGCAUUUCCUAAAGGAAAUUACAAACAAGGAAAAUAAGGAAAGCAUGAAUCUUAAAAGAAAAUGUGUUACGUAUGGCAAUUUGUCAGAGAAAGCAAGUAAGCACUUGGCAUCAGAAGAGGAGGCUAACAAGGUUGAAGCCUACCUAACCUCUGGGGACUCAGGACACAUUUGUGAUAUUAGGUAUUUGGAUGAUUUGGCAAAAAGCCAACUGACAGAAGCACUCAAGCAGACGGCAGCCCUGGUAGUGACCCUGAUGUAUAAGGACGGUUCCACACAGCUAAGAGCUGACCAGGCUCCGACUUCCUGUGUUAGAGGGAUUGUCAUGUUACUGAAGAGCCAGGUGGAAGCAGGCUCUUCCUGGAGCCUGGCGGAGGGAUUUAAGCAGGAGGAUCGGUGCAUCUACAUACACACAGAGCAUGCCUGUCUCCGGGGCCAGGAACAGGAGGCGCACAGGAUAUUUGCCAGGAAUGUGCUAUUUCAAACACUGAAAUGUAAAUGCCCUGUUAUUUGUUUUAAUGCCAAGGACUUUGUGAGAACAGUACUGCAAUUUUUUGAUGAUGAUGGCAGUUGGAGGCAUGUUGCCGAUUUUGUAGGACUAGACCCCAGAAUUGCCGCAUGGCUCAUAGAUCCAAGUGACACCGCACCUUCUUUUGAGGACUUAGUGGCAAAACACCUUGAAAAGUCUGUUACAGUUGAAGUGAGCAGCACAUAUGGAAAUUCCUCAAGAAAUAAUGUGUAUCAGAAUGUACGUGUGAACCUGAGUAUACUCUACAGACUUACGAAGGACCUGUGUUCCAAGUUGAAGGCUAAUGGUUUAUGGCAACUAUUUUGUACAUUGGAGCUUCCUCUGAUCCCAGUUUUGGCAGUGAUGGAAAACCACAAGAUUCAGGUGAACAAAGAAGAAAUGGAGAGGAUCUCAGCACUUCUUGGGGCUCAUCUCAAAAAAUUGGAGCAAGAAGCCCACUUUGUUGCAGGAGAACAGUUUCUUAUAAUGAGUAAUAAUCAACUUAGAGAGAUCCUCUUUGGCAAGUUGAAGCUGCACCUGUUGGGUCCCAGGAAGAGCCUUCCCGGACCAGGGCUGCAGCAGUACCCAUCCACGUCAGAGGCUGUGCUAAAUUCUCUGCAAGACCUUCAUCCCUUACCCAAGAUAAUUUUGGAAUAUAGGCAGGUUCACAAGACCAAGUCGACCUUUGUAGAUGGAUUACUAGCAUGCAUGAAACAGGGCUCCAUUUCGUCUACAUGGAAUCAGACUGGAACUGUGACUGGGAGACUUUCAGCCAAGCAUCCUAAUAUCCAAGGUAUCUCCAAGCAACCAAUUCAAAUUACUACACCUCCGAUAUUUAAAGGUGAAGAAGACAAGGCUCUCACUAUCUCCCCAAGAGCCCUGUUUGUCUCCUCCCAAGGCCACACCUUCCUGGCAGCAGACUUUUCACAGAUUGAAUUGCGCAUUCUUGCACAUUUAUCUGGGGAUCCAGAACUUCUGAAGUUAUUCCAGGAAUCUGAAAGAGAUGAUGUAUUUUCUACCCUGACUUCACAGUGGAAGAACAUCUCCAUAGAGCACGUGACGCCUGCAGACAGAGAGCAGACCAAGAAGGUGGUGUACUCAGUGGUCUACGGAGCAGGGAAGGAGCGUCUAGCAGCUUGCCUUGGAGUUACGGUUCAGGAAGCCACCCAGUUUUUGGAGAGUUUUCUGCAGAAAUACAAAAAAAUCAAGGACUUUGCCCAAGCAACUAUUGCUCAGUGUCACCGUACAGGCUACGUGGCAUCCAUUCUGGGCAGAAGAAGGCCCCUGCCGAGGAUCCACGCACGGAACCCGGAGCUGAGGGCACAAGCAGAGCGACAGGCAGUGAACUUCGUGGUCCAAGGCUCUGCCGCAGACCUCUGUAAGAUGGCCAUGAUCCGCAUCUUCGCUGCAGUCACCACUUCCACCACGCUGACGGCCAGGUUGGUUGCCCAGAUUCACGAUGAGCUGCUGUUUGAAGUGGAGGACUCACAGGUCCCAGAGUUCGCAGUGCUCGUCAGGAGGGCCAUGGAGUCCUUGCAGCGCCUUUGGAGCCCAGAGCUGCAGCUGCAGGUGCCCCUGAAGGUGAGCCUGAGUGCCGGCCGCUCAUGGGGAUGCCUGGCCCCGCUGCAGGAGGCCCUGCCCCGGGGCUCCUCUGAGUCACAUGAGUCUGAGUCGCCUGGCUGCGAUGGCUGCCCUCCACCAGGGCUCCUCAGCACAUACCCCAGGCCCGUGCAUUUUUCCCCUUCGUUUUUGUCUGUAGCCCCAGGCAACAGUGGGAGGAGAGAACUGGCUUCCACCAGCCCAUUGUGUGGCCUUUCAAGGUCACCUCGGACAGUGUGGGAGCUGCAGGAGGGGCACAGGGCUGGGUCUGCCUGAGUAAACACCUCCUCCAAAGCCA